CAGAGGAAUUUCUCGUGAAGGCACGUGACAACGGAUCGCCGAUCGAACAGAUUGACAGUUUACUGGACUCGCUGAACCGAGUGGCGUUCAUUUCUAACCGUACGACAGAGGCAGGGGAAUUUCACGUGACUCGACCCCCGUUUUUGUCCUGAUUGGAAAUCGUCACAAUUGACAACUGGCAGGAACGCUCAUUGUGAGGGAGAUACCCGUGACAGAGGAACAAGAGCUGUUAGAAGGAUAAUUAUUGACGAUUGAUGUGAACUCAAGUCUUGACAACCACUGAUGAAAAAUUUAUAACUGACGGAAGAAAUCAAAUUUCCGGUAUGAAACCCAACAACGCGAACCGCGAAGUGCCAAACGUCGGAGAUGAUGAGUAUGACAAACGGGGCGGGCAGGGGAGUCUGAUGGGCUUUAUUUACCAGCUGAAGGUGCUAAUGCUCUUCAUGACCCGCGGAUUACGGAAAGAUCUAAAGUUUCGUUUGGCGACCGAAAUGAAGGCGGCGGGAAACUUUGAUGAUCUCGUGCUUGAGCUUAAAUGCGACGACGACACCGAUAGUAAGAAGUCUUACCGAUUUCUUCAGGCCAAACAUAAACAGUCUAAUUCGACGCUGACCAAAGCUGAGGCCCUUUUCGAGGAUAAAGUCUUCAACUUGAGCACAUACUUCGAUUCCUACUGUCAGAUAAAAAGUCAUCCCGUUUUCAGUCAGGGCGAUUUGAUAGAUUUCAUAAUUUAUACUACCGUAGAUCUAGAUGUGGAGAAACUCAAAUCUCAAGGGAUUAAGCUGAUACCGGAUGAACAACGUGACGAUUUUCUGGAUUUCGAAAACACAAACUACGGAAACAGACGAUACAAGUUCGACAGUGAAGGACCAUCUAUGAUAUAUAAAAAGCUAGCAUCGGAAGCUUACUAUCUGGCUCAGACGUUGGCUGCGAAAGUUCUCGAUGGGGAGAAGUUGACGGUUGACAACGAAAUUCUGAAAAAAUAUCGUACUGUCCUGACAAGGGAAGUUCUUAAUGUGAAGGAAAUGAAAUUUUCCGACGCUUUUAUUAAAGGGGAACAAUUGUCCGAUGGGGCGAAAAAUUUCCGCGACGAAUUUUAUGGUCAGUAUUUACAACAAAAGAAAUCCCCGGAAAAUGACGUAAACCAAGAAAAUAUUUGGAAUGAUAUAAAGGAUAAGUCUCUUGAAUUCUUGGAGAGUUUCGUCUCGGACUGCGUACUCGAGUGUCUGGAAGAGUUACCCGUGGAAUUCAAAAAUUUAUUGGAUUGUGCCAACGUUAACAAACUAGUCAAAAUAGAAACGUCGCCAGAAAAAGUCUCUGGGAAAGACAAAGAAAAAGUCUCUGGGAAAGACAAAAAAAAAGCCUAUGCGCCUAAUAUCGUGACUAACAUCGACACUCUGUUGAGAUAUGUAUUGAAUGAAGAAACUACCGACAAGAUUCGAUUCAAGCCAGAGUUUUUGAACGAUAACGGCAAGCUGCCUGGGGACAUAUUAGAACUCAGAAAAACUCUGAAGAACGAACUGGGGAAUAGAUUUGACGUUCUCGAUAAAUAUCUUUUUGAAAUCGAAAAUUUGAAGAAGGUCAAGGACGAACAGCUGUGUUUGAAGGAGAAGUUUCCCGACAGUCACGUCAAUGACAAAGAAAUCCCAUGUUUCCUCAAGAAGUUGACGGUUGCGGUUAAACAGCCCAACGAAAUUGAACUGGGCAAAAUAUUAGAACAAAAGAUGGGUCAAGAUCGCAUGUUAAAUGAACUGUGUGCUGGAUUAGUUACCAUGUCUUUUGAAAAAGAGAUGCGAAAUUGGUUUUUUCACAAAAUAGGUUCAUAUAAAUCAGCGGAUGACGUCCGUGAAUUUCUCGAUGAAACUGUAAAUAAAAUUGAAACGCUGAUAUUGUCGGGAUUCAAUUUGGCAUACCCGGAGCAGCUUGAAAAUUACGGCAUGUAUUUCAAAGAAGCAAAUCAGGAGUUUUUGAGGUAUUUAAACAAUUCGACAAAAGAUACAGGAAAGAAAAAUGCUGCUUGUAAUUUAGUCGCAACCAAGGGAACACUGAUAGCAGCCAUUCAAGUUCACCGAGAGAUCAAGAAUUCACCCGAGUUUCAAGAAGAACAUAAAAGUAUAAUUAUGCGGCUGAACGAGCUGUUGUUGCCCAGUAUCAGAAAACGUGUAAUAGAUGUAUUUCGAAUGAAGGAGCGGCAUCAUUUGCUGGUUGUCGUUUCUGAAGGGUGCAAUGAUCAGGAGCUUCGGGACUUGGGUAUACUGUACAAAGAUUUAAACGAAAUUAUGACGGAUAAAGGAUAUGAAAUGAAAAGGCUGAUUUUUGUUACAAGCACGGAGUUACGUUUCGAAAACUGUGAUCAGAUUCACUGUGAUUUAGGCUUCAAUGACCUUACAGACGAGUCACAGAGGAAACUAUUGAACAAACAGCUCGUUAAUUUGCAAGAUCGAAAAGAAAACAUGAGUUUCACAGAAUUAUUGCGAAUUCAACAAUCGGAAAAUGUAGAUCCGAACGGUUUUAAAAACUUCAGAGACGCCAUCGACUCCACAACGUUGGAGAAGCUGAUCCGUGGCAGGAAUAAUAUAAAAAUAGGCUCUUCCCCGCAAGGUUUGGGUUCUAUAAAAAAUUAUUUCAUCAAUCGUACAUUUCAUCGGCGAGUUAUCAUCAAGGCCGACGUCUUUAAGUCUGAACUGAAAUCCGAGAUUUACGCCGUCGGACACGUGGACCUCAAUUUCUCACAGAACGAAAGGACGCAUGGAGAAAUGGGAAUUUCUCAGCGAAUUCAUUCCUUGAAACAGCAACGUAGAUUCGUUGAAUUGAACAGUGGUGAAGACGAGACGCAAUUCGAAGAGCUAUGUAACGCAAAUCCAAGCCAAAACGUUCACUGGCUUAUGUGGGGAAAGGGAGAAUUACUAUGGAUACGAUCGAAUGGUAGUAUCGAUACUUUGCUGAAGUACAGAGACUUGGGAACAAAUUUUGAUUGUAACUACCGGUGUGCGGUAUGUCAAAACGCAGCCAGCAAUAUAAUGGUUGAUGAACUAAAUGCUCAGAAUGUGGAGCCCGUAAUUAUUUGUGAUGUCGCGGGCAUGGGAAAAACAACAAUUCUAACUCACUUUACGACGAAGAUGGAAGAGAAUAACCCCAAAAUGUGGGUGAUCCGUAUUAAUUUGAACGAUUAUACAGAUGCGUUGGCGAGAGAAAACAGCGAAUGCAAUGUGAAAGCGGGUGACGAGGAGAGCGUGACCAAGUUUCUCGUCAACGAUUUUUUGAAAUUCAACACUCAAAUGGAAAAAGUGAUUCUGAAAUAUCUGAUCAAGGUAACAGGUAGCGUUGCUUUACUUUUCGACGGUUUCGAUGAAAUAAGUCCCGACUACACAAAAACAGUAAUAAAAAUGUUGAAAGCAUUAAACGAAUAUUCAGAAGUGAAAUUGGUCGUUACCACGAGACCCCAAAUGCGAAGUGCAUUAGAAAGGACGCUUCAGACAUUUUCUUACGCAAUGAAACCGUUUUCUCGAGAAGAUCAAAUCGAUUUCUUAGUCAGGUAUUGGAGGAACGUAUGCAAUCAAGUUGACGAAACACUGCAAACACUGAAAACACGUGCUGGAACGGUGUUGAAGGAAAUUCGAAAUGCAAUCUCUGAUCGGCUCAAUGAAUUCGCUGGUAUUGCACUGCAAACUCAGCUCAUUGGAGAAAUAUUCGCUCACGAGAAUGUCAAUACGGUUUCAGUGGUUAAUCGUGAUGGUUUCAAACCGGAUGGGCGAGAUUGUAUUAAACUGGCUGAUCUGUACCGUAUGUUUUUUGACAGAAUGUUUAAAAUACACUGCGAAGAAAAGUUGAAAGUUAACCUCACCAUUCUUGCGGUACGGGGACAGGCCAAGAAACAGAGAGCAGAAUUUUUAGAGAACCAUCGGCGAUUAGCUAUGUACACGUUUCUCAAAGAAAAAAAUUCAGAAACGUGGACUUUAUCUGGAGAGGAAAUUGACAAAGUGAAUGAAUCGAUUGCUGAGAUAAGGAGCGGUGAAGAACGAAUGGGCAUCGUGACAAAUACAAUCAAUCAGAGAGUGCGUUUCAUUCAUAGAACUUUUCAAGAAUAUUUCGUGGCCAGUUAUUUGUUUCAUAGCCUCAAAAAAUCGGACGCGAACGAGUCGACUGAGCGGUUAAAAGAGUUUAUUUUGAAUGAAAUUCUGCAAAAAACAGAAUAUAAGGUGAUUCGUGCCUUCCUUAACGAUCUAUUGUCCGAACCGCUAGUGAACUCGAUAUUCGACGCUCCUAUCUCUACGGAAAAAUGGAAGGUAUACGUAUCCAGCAGAUACUACGGAAGGAUUUCGGAAAUUGCUGCGAAGGAAGGUAAUUACGAGAUCAUCAAAUUCGUCUUUUCUUGGCUUGCAAAGAAUUCCUCAGAUCCACAGAAGUUCAUUAACUCAAAGUUCGCAUUUUUUGACCAAACUCUGAUGAAUCAAGUGAUUAAGAACAUGCCGCUACACAGAUGCCAGAGCACAUUAGCUGAAGCUGAAAGAGCAGCUCUGACAUGGUUGCUGGAACACAAGGCUGAUGUCAAUGUUACCGAUUCUGCGAGGAAUACUUCAAUGCACUUGGCUGUUAUAAGAGGAAAUUUAAUGGUUCUGAAAUUAUUGGCAGAUCAAGAAGGAGCUGACGUGACAGCUCGAAAUGACAAGGGUGAAACAUUGCAGCAUAUAGCUGCUAAAUUUCAGAAGUUAGAUAUGCUAAAGUGGCUUGUGGAAGACCGAGGUUGCGACGUCAACGUACGGGAUGAUUCAGGGAUGACGUUGCAGCACGUGGCUGCUGGAUAUUAUAACUUAGAUGUGCUGAACUGGCUUGUGAAAGACCAAAAUUGCGAAGUCAACGUACGGGACGAUUCAGGGAUGACGUGGCAGAGUAUAUUUGCUAACUGUCAGAUGCCAAAAAUGCCAAAGCAGGUUGUGGAAGACCGAGGUCGCGACGUCAACGUAUGGCACGAUUCGGGGAUGACGUUGCAGCACGUGGAUAUUGUAUUCCAAAACUUAGAUAUGCUGAAGUGGCUUGUGGAAGACCGAGGUUGCGACGUCAACGUACGGGACGAUUCAGGGAUGACGUUGCAGCACGUGGCUGCUGGAUGCAAUAACUUAGAUAUGCUCAAGUGGCUUGUGGUAGACCGAGGUUGCGACGUCAACGUACGGAAUGAUUCAGGGAUAACGUUGCAGUACUUAGCUGCUAAAUGUAAUAACUUAGAUAUGCUCAAGUGGCUUGUGGAAGACCGAAGUUGCGACGUCAACGUACGGAAUGAUUCUGGGAUGACGUUGCAGCACAUGGCUGCUGCAUGUAAUAACUUGGAUGUGCUAAAGUGGCUUGUGGAAGACCGAGGUUGCGACGUCAACGUACGGAAUGAUUCUGGGAUGACGUUGCAGCACAUGGCUGCUUCAUGUAAUAACUUGGAUGUGCUAAAGUGGCUUGUGGAAGACCGAGAUUGCGACGUCAACGUACGGGACGAUUCAGGGAUGACGUUGCAGCACGCAGCUGCUAGAUUUAAUAACCUGAAUGUGCUAAAGUGGCUCGUGGAAGACCGAGGUUGCGACAUCAACGUACGGGACGAUUCAGGAACGACGUUGCAGCACAUUGCUGUUGGAUGUAAUUACUUAGAUAUGCUAAAGUGGCUUGUGGGAGACCGAGGUUGCGACGUCAACGUACGGAAUAAUUCAGGGACGACGUUGCAGCGCAUAGCUGCUAAAUGUGAUAACUUAGAUACGCUAAAGUGGCUCGUGGAAGACCGAGGUUGCGACAUCAACGUACGGGACGAUUCAGGGACGACGUUGCAGCACGUGGCUGUUAGACGUAAUGACUUAGAUAUGCUAAAGUGGCUUGUGGGAGACCGAGGUUGCGACGUCAACGUACGGCAUGAUUCAGGGAUGACGUUGCAGCAUAUAGCCGCUGAAUUUGAUAACUUGGAUGUGCUAAAGUGGCUCGUGGAAGACCGAGAUUGCGACAUCAACGUACGGGACGAUUCAGGGACGACGUUGCAGCACGUGGCUGUUAGACGUAAUAACUUAGAUAUGCUAAAGUGGCUUGUGGGAGACCGAGGUUGCGACAUCAACGUACGGGACGAUUCAGGGACGACGUUGCAGCACGUGGCUGUUAGACGUAAUAACUUAGACAUGCUAAAGUGGCUUGUGGAAGACCGAGGUUGCGACGUCAACGUACGGGACGAUUCAGGGAUGACGUUGCAGCAUAUAGCUGCUCAAUAUAAUAACUUAGAUAUGCUCAAGUGGCUUGUGGAAGACCGAGGUUGCGACAUCAACGUACGGGACGAUUCAGGGACGACGUUGCAGCACGUGGCUGUUAGACGUAAUAACUUAGAUAUGCUAAAGUGGCUUGUGGAAGACCGAGGUUGCGACGUCAACGUACGGGACGAUUCAGGGAUGACGUUGCAGCAUAUAGCUGCUCAAUAUAAUGACUUAGAUAUGCUCAAGUGGCUUGUGGAAGACCGAGGUUGCGACGUCAACGUACGGGACGAUUCAGGGAUGACGUUGCAGCAUAUAGCUGCUCAAUAUAAUAACUUAGAUAUGCUCAAGUGGCUUGUGGAAGACCGAGGUUGCGACAUCAACGUACGGGACGAUUCAAGGACGACGUUGCAGCACGUGGCUGUUAGACGUAAUAACUUAGAUAUGCUAAAGUGGCUUGUGGAAGACCGAGGUUGCGACGUCAACGUACGGGACGAUUCAGGGAUGACGUUGCAGCAUAUAGCUGCUCAAUAUAAUAACUUAGAUAUGCUCAAGUGGCUUGUGGAAGACCGAGGUUGCGACGUCAACGUGCGGGACGAUCCAGGGAUGACGUUGCAGCACGCAGCCGCUGGAUUUAAUAACUUAAAUGUGCUAAAGUGGCUUGUGGAAGACCGAGAUUGCGACGUCAAUGUACGGCUUGAUUUAGGGAUAACGUUGCAGUACUUAGCUGCUAAAUGUAAUAACUUAGAUAUGCUAAAGUGGCUUGUGGAAGACCGAAGUUGCGACGUCAACGUACGGGAUGAUUCAGGGACGACGUUGCAGCAUAUAGCUGCUAAAAAUAAUAACUUAGAUAUGCUCAAGUGGCUUGUGGAAGACCGAGGUUGCGACGUCAACGUACGGGACGAUUCAGGGAUAACGUUGCAGCACGUAGCUGCUGGAUGUAAUAACUUAAAUGUGCUAAAGUGGCUUGUGGAAGACCGAGAUUGCGACGUCAACGUACGGGACGAUUCAGGGAUGACGUUGCAGCAUAUAGCUGGUAAAUAUAAUAACUUAGAUGUGCUAAUGUGGUUCGUGAAAGACCGAGGUUGCGACGUCAAUGUACGGAAUGAUUCAGGGAUGACGUUGCAGCACAUAGCUGCUGAAUCUGGUAGCUCAGAUGUGCUAAAGUGGCUUGUAAAAGAACGAGGUUACGACGUCAACGUACGGGAUAAUUCAGGGUGACGUUGCAGCACGUGGUUGCUGAAUUAUAGCUGUCAGCUAUACUAAAUUGGCUUGUGGAAGAACUAGGUCGCGAUGUUAACGUACGGAAUCAUUCAGGAAUGACGUUGCAGCACGUGGCUGCUCUAUACAAUUACUUAGAUAUUCUUGCGUCAACACGAAUUUGAUAUGGCCCGUCCGCAUGUGUACAUACAAUUCUCACCACCACCCACAAUGGAAAGUUUGAUUCGAAAAGCAACGAAAAUGCCACUGACAGUGUCCGCAAUAGGAUAUAAGUAGCUCGCACUCAAUCACACGGUGCAUAAAAUUAGAUUAUUCGAGAGUGCAAACACGUUAAAGAAAGCCCCAAUGUGUGAAAUGGAACUUUUUGAUUGCUUCGUGAAUUGAAAACGUGACGCCCUAUGGAGCAUGCUCAACAGGCUUCAAAAAUCAAACUUUUCGAGUAGAAGUGGAAAUAAAAUGGCAAAGCAUGAUGUGUUGAAAACGAGGCGAUAUAUGCUGAAGAAAUCGUUUGUAUGCUCGUCAUCUGUUAAAUUAAUGUUAUUCAUGCAUCUACGGCCUUCACACUUGUUACGGUCGACGCAAACGUCGUGAGGUUUUCAGCCAAUACGAAUAAGCAUGAUUGACGGCGAAAGUUUUUUUCAUGAAUCAAGUCCUAGAUGUGGAUUUUAAUUCUCAAACAUGUCUACUUAAAUUAAUCGUGAGAUCAGCAACGGUAUCCGUUGAAGUCAAUCCGUUGCGCGUGAUAUUCUUCAAUGAAGCAUUUCAUUUUAUUCCUAAUAGUACGAGAGCCAACGAUCAAAAUCAUAUCUCAUAGCAUCCCGGCUAAAAGCGUAUAAAAUCCAUAGAUUAGAUGACUGUUAACAAGACAAAGUUGGCAGUUACUGUCGAAAACUUAGCAGCUUUGCGGAGGGCCAUUCCUAUCAUGUCAAAACAAUUGGUAGCCGGUAUUUUCAUUUCCUGUCUGAUCUUGAAAAUAUAUAUAUAUUUUGUUAUUUUAUUUCUAAAACUCUGGCUUGGAGACAUUUUGCGCUCAGCGUCUGAUCUGUGAGAAUUUUCAAAGGUGAUAAUAAAUCUUACCUAAGUGUAUCGUAGCAUCCCCGUUAAAUUUUGUUUCAAAUCAUUCUUAUGGCUGCCGAUAUUUCCAAAAUAUUGUUUUCAGAUAUUUCUAACACCGCAUAUAGUGUCCAGUACAAUCAGAUGCUGCACUCAAUAUGUCUGACGUGAAUUUUUUCUACAUCUGUGCAACUCGUUUUAUCAUGUCUAACAGUUUUCAGACGUGAUGCUGUGUUACCGGUCGGUAAAGUUCGUUAAUAUUUUCGAAGCUCUUAAAAUGUAAGGCGAUGAGACCGUUUUCUCAAAAUUGACUUCUUUGCAUUAGACAAAUUCAAUUCAAUUAUAGGAAUUUGAUAUGAUUUUCAUUGCCUCUUUCUUUGGUAACGGUUUCCUAGGAACGCGCUGCGCUAACGGCGCCUGAAAAAAGUAGGCUUGGUAUCUCAGGACCAUCAUCCAAGUAGAUUCCUGAAAUCAGACGGGAUGCUAUAAUACGCUUAGUCCAGAUUUGUAGACAUUUUUGAAAAUGCACUCUGAUCGAACACUGCGCGCACAAUAUCGGUAAUCCACGUUUAUAGGUUCAGGGUCACCGGAUCUAUCGAAUUGAAACGGCUUUGGCCGGGAUGCCAUUAGAGAAAAAUUUAAGUUGUCGGCUCCAUGCCAUAUCCGCACCUUCGUUUGUGCACAUGAAACUUGGGCUUUGUUAUCGAGAAACCUUUAACAACCUCAAUAACAGCGUAAUGGUCUAAACAAUUGUAAGGGAGUAUCGGCCCUCUGGAUCACGCAUCCUGUUGAAACACUUAGGGGUGUUUUUGUCCUGAAAUAUGGACUUUCUGAUAUUCACUUUUAGCCAUUGGGCCGUUUAUCAUUGCGGUUGAAAUUGAUGUUAUUAUCAGUUUGGUGAGUGGAAUUUGCUAUCAAACAAAUUAUAGUGUUUACUUGCAUCUGAAAUGAUAAUCUCAAUUAUUCCCCCUUGAAGUUUUGAUGACAGGUAGGACUCGUAGACUAAAAUGCAAACGGAUAUCGUGACGUCGCCGUUGUGGAUGGCUCCUUCAUAUGUAUACUCAAUGCUCCAGCCAAGUAUAUUCAGUUAUUCUAAGAACAGACCAUGAACCCAGUGCCAUACCCGUGACAUGAAAAGUCGGUUCACUGUCCAAUAUAACCAAAGACUUUACUAUCGUACAGAACUGCUACUAUAAUUAUGAAAAAACUACACCUCAUAAGAUUAAACCACUGUUAUAGGUUACUAUUAUAAGAUAUGAGAAGCUACACGUAUGAACAUGUAGUAAUCGUUUCUAGCAAUGGCCCGUGAUAUAACUAAAUACUCUGUUCUAUGAAAUUUGGUAUAAUAAUUAUAUGUGUGGGUCCUCCGCAAAAUUUACAUCUAAUACAGCGGAAUCCGACUUAUUGGAAGAAAGUAACAUUAUAUAACAUUUUAAUUCAGCCCGGAAAACAACGCGGUAUAUCGCUGCGUAUACCGGGACAAUCUUUUGAAACUAUACAGUCAAUGCCCAUGCGCCAAAUAAUUCAAUCUCAUUGGUCGGUGAAAUCGCCCCGCAGCGAUCUUUUCGCCUGCUGAGCAGGGGGCCAACGCACAUAAAAUGAAAUAAGACUCGAGAGCUAUAAAUCUCUCGCGCAUGAAACCGCGGAUUGAGGUUAUGUUGCUGUUUAUUUUUACGUAACGUGAAUUGUCUAAGAAAAAUAGUAUCGUUCAGCAAUACCGUGGUCCAUGUCGGAAAAUAUUCAACCGACGCAAUAAGGAAUCGCCAGAAACAGAGUUUGACAGCUGAAACUCUGAGUGGCAAGCCUGCCCGAGCAGCUAAUAAAACUCGCGCAUGCGCAUUGACUGCAUAGUUUCUAGAGAUUGUCCCGGUAUAUGACUCGAUCCAUACGCAUAUGCUGAUUCGUACAAGUUAACAAGAUGAAUCGACAGGGAGGUACAAGGGUGUCAUAUUCGGAGUCCGAUCAGUAAAGCAGAUAACAUAAACUAUCCCCUCUUAGCUCCCUGGCACAGAAUCGCAAGACGAAGACUAUGAGAAAAGGAAAGGAUGACAAGUAAUCAUCUCCACCGUGAACCAAAGUUUGUUAACGAGGCGCAAUCAUUGAUUCGACACCAUUUGGUCGAGUGCAUAUCGAUAAACUAUUCAGUCUAAAUUCGAAUCAUAAGCAACAAGUGAAAAUUGUUAAUAUUAAAUUCGCGUGAUUCAGUCACUCAAGGUGUGAGACCAUAUUCAAAACCUUAGAGUUGUGGACAAGAAUAAUUACUUUCCUUGGACAAGGAACUGUUCUACCAUGAGGUACUUUCAGUCCUAGCGCUUGCAGAAGACCUCGCGUAGCCCGGUAUACACUUUAUCAAAUCGGCUAACUUACAUACCGACGAUUUGGCUCUGGUGCGAAUUUUGAUAGUGCUAUUCUUACCUCGGGGAAUAGAAGGAACCUUAUCUCAGGGCAUACAGUGGUAUUUGGUGCAUUUAGAGCAUUUUAUUCUGUAGUUCUGAAACCUUCAACUCAUAAUCUUCGUCGCAUGUUCAGAUAACCUCGACCAUAAUUAUAAGUCGCACCUUUCGUUAAUCGUAGCAAUUUCUCUGUGUCUAUCGAAUAAAUCAUUGUGCUCGUUUUAUAUAA